AUGAUACUUCAAGGUGAUGGUUUUUCUGGCAACCUAUCAUGAACUUUUAAACUACAUUAAACUUGCUUGCAAAUUUUGUUUUAAAGAAAGCUAUCUUUUCUUCAUUACUGUAAGAAGAUUAAUGGUCCUAAAUCUUGCCUCUCAAAACACUGUUGAAGUCAAUAAAUGUACAGGUUCUUUCUGGCAUAGCUUAGAAAUGUGUUAUGAAAAAAAACAGUGGGAAAUUAAUUCUAUAUAAUCAGUUAUAUUUCCUUGAGUUUUUCUUAUUAGUUUUUAAACCAUUAAGUACAUAAGAGCAGUACUGCACUAACACACUGAAGCAUGCCCAAUCAGGAAGGAGAGAGAACUGGUACAGUGAGAAUUUGGCUCUUACUUUAUUCUGCUCUCAUAGCACUUUAUUCUUAUUUUCUCUUAUUAAUUGUAUAUUCAUUAAUAUACCAGUGUUAGUUUUAAUAUAGUUAUUGUAAUUGCUUUCCAUUUAGUUUCCCUGGUGUAAAAGGGGAGAAAAAGCUACACUGUGUUUAUCCAGUGUGAUGAAAGGGCAUAGAAGGAAAUUGGCUUUUCCCACUUGAGAAACAUUGGUCAUAUUGUGACAGAAAAUGCAGUAGCUAUCCAAUCUCCAUUCAUCUUUUCUUCUUUGGUAACACACUCCAAAUUUCAUUUAGAGCAUUAGUGUGCUUAGUCAAAAGAAUGUUUUCCCAGGCUCCUUGGCAGCUAAAACGGGACAUUUGACUACAUGUAUAUGCAAAUGUCGUUAGAGACUUCCAAGAAGACCAUUAAAAGGGAGGUGACUCAUCUAGGAAGGGGUCCCUUUUUGUCCUUCUCUACCUGCUUCUUGCUGCUUGGAAUGUGGGAGUCUUGGUUGGAACACAAUCAGUCAUAUUGAGCCAUAAAGCAACACUAAGGAUGGAAAUAAUGGACCAAGACAGUCAGUAUAGAAUAAACUUUAAAGAGAUGAGGACCCCUGAUAAUCACAGUCACCAUGUCAUCCCUGGAUUGCUCACUUCUGAGCUUUUUCUACAUAAGAAAUAAAGGAACUUCUAUCUCAUUUAAGCCACCAUCAUUUUAGUUUUGUGCUACCUCCAGUGGAAUCCAAUCCUAAUGCUUUCACAGUAAGACUUUUUGUUAAAAUGUUAUAUAAUACGGUAAAAUGGACAGAUCUUAAGUGUGUAGUUUGAUCUAAUUGAUCUUUGUCAAGUUUUCCUUGAUUUCUAAUUUACUUAAGAGUACAGAGUGCUUUACAUUCAUUAUCUUUUUUUUUUAAUUAAUUUAUUUAUUUUUGGCAGUGUUGGGUCUUCGUUUCUGUGCAAGGGCUUUCUCCAGUUGCGGCGAGCGGGGGCCACUCUUCAUCACGGUGCGCGGGCCUCUCACUGUCAUGGCCUCUCCCGUUGUGGAGCACAGGCUCCAGACGCGCAGGCUCAGUAGUUGUGGCUCAUGGGCUUAGUAGCUCCGCGGCAUGUGGGAUCUUCCCAGACCAGGGCUCGAACCCGUGUCCCCUGCAUUGGCAGGCAGAUUUUUAACCACUGCGCCACCAGGGAAGCCCCAUUAUCUUUUUAAUCCUCUGCCAAACCCUAAGGAAGUUGGCAUGUUAUUUCCUCUUUUACUUGUUCACAAUUCUGAAGUAAUAAAAGGAAAAAUUUGGAAUAUAUUCUAAGUCUACUUGAAUGGAAUAUUCCAGUUCUUAACCAGUACGCUAUCACAGCAGGCAUUAACUGGUGGCAUUGUCUUCCUAACCAAGGAAGUGAAAUCCUUCUAUUGCAUGAAUUGAACUCCUAUAUAGAAAUGUAACUUUUAAUCUGUAGCUUGAUUUUGUUUCUAUACCAGAGAUCACACUGCUCUGGACCAAUAAACCCAAAGUUCUUACAGAAGCACUGACCUAUGUAAGCUGGGUCAGGUACCACAAUUGACCUUCAUCAUGAUCUUAUCAGCCUGAUUACCUUCCUGUACCUUCUCAACAUAUCACAUUCAUAAUUGCAGAAAUGAAGGCCCUAAACAGGGAGUAGAAUUACCCUAUGGUUUUAUUUCUUGAGUUUUUUUGUACUAUUCCUUCAGUCUUUUUCUGUCAGUCCUAAUAUAUAUUUUCUCUUUUUUUUGAAAGUUUAUUAUAUACAUUCUGUAAGUCCCUUAUUCAAAUUAAAUAUACUGUAUUCAUUUUAGCGCACUAUUUCUUUGAAAGCAGUUGCUAUUCUAGUAUUAGCUCUAAAUGAAAUAACUAAUUUCAGAAAAGUAUAGGCAAUGAUGUGGAGGAAUUUUUAUCACUAAAUAAUUUAGAGAUUCUGGAAAUUAAAUAGAAAUAAAGAUAGGCUCCAGUUAUUUUCUAUUAAAACUAACCAUAUGUCUUUGACAACGCCUCUUAAAAAUUAUGCUGAAAAAAGAUUUAGAGGGUCAUAAACGACUUUAUUCUGAAAGGAUGGUUCACAAGAGCCGAAUCAGACUUUCUUCAGCAUUUGCUGUGAUAAUCCAAUUUUGUAGAGUGAUGAAUUUUUGUUGACUCAGAUGCUGGGUGCAUGAAAUUUCAUGCUUAUGUAUUCAUUUUCUAUUUCUACUAUUAAAAAUUAUCACAAACUUGGUUGCUUAAAACAAUAAAAAUGCACUACUGUAUAGUUCUGUAGAUGUGAUGUCUGAUAUGGGUAUGACUGGGUUAAAUUCAAGAUGCCACCAGGGGUGCAUUCUCUUCUGGUGGCUCUAGAGGAGAAUCUAUUUCUUUCUCUUCUCCAGCUUCUAGAUGCUGCCUACAGUACUUGACUCAUGGCCCCUUUCAUCCAUCUUCAAAGGCAGCAACAUUGUUUCUCUUAGUCCACUUCUUCUGUAAUCACAGAGGGGUGUAAUCACCCCUCUGACCAUAGCCAGGAAAGGUUCUGUCCCUCCCAGAUAAUCCAGGAUAACCUACCCCCGACAAGGUCCUUAAUUUACUUAUAUCUGUGAAUUCUCUUUUGCCAUGUAAGAUAACAUAUUUACAGAUUUGGGGAAUUAGGGCAUGAACAUCUUUCGGUGGGUGGCCAUUAUUCUGCCUACCGCAGGUAGCUUGGAAGAAAAUUAUCUGGUCUAGCAGGACGACCUGUGGCCAAAGGAAGGCAUACAAAGACCUUUAUAACAGAAGUUUAGACCCCAUUGAUUGAAUGCUUUAACCCCAGACAAGGUAUUUAUCAAAAAUUGUUCUACAGAUUGUUAACAAAAACACUGGAUUUAUAAAAACAUUAUGAAUCUUUACUGGAAUUCAAUUUAAAUUUUAAAAAUGGAAAAUCUGAACUAAAGAGUAUUUUGGGGUUUUUUUAGAUGAUGAAAAUGUUCUAAAAUUGCCUGUGGUGAUGGAUGCACUACUCUGUGAAUAUACUAAAAGUCACUGAAUUGUAGACUUUAAACGAGUGAAUUGUAUGGUAUGUGAAUUACAUCUCAUUAAACCUGUCUUUUAAAAGGAAUAAAACAGAAAUUAUUCUUGUCAUGAUAAAAAAAAAUCCCAAAACAUGGCAGGCCUAAUAACCCUUAGACUGCCUUUUUGGGAAAUAACUUUCCAAUAAUUUGAAAGUUUCAAAAACACAUGUCCUCAGGCUUAGGUGUUGGAAAGAAGAGGAAGUAAUCUACUCUUUAAUAAGGCGUUGAUAAAAUACUCUCUUUAGAACCAUCACUGAUUGCAAUUUUGCAGUGUCCACUCAUCUGUAAUUCUAUAACAUGUACCAUGAAAAUAAUGUACUUGUGAAACUGUUCCCAUAUUAUUUCAGAAAUAUUUUGCUUCUAAAUUUAUAUUCUUCUCAGCUUAAAUGUUAAUUAAAUUAUUUUAUUUAAUUAUUCACCCUGAACAGCUUUAAACAGUCAACAUAAUGAAAGUUUGCUCUUAGUACUCUUCCUGUGUAACAACACAGCUCUCUCUGAACUCAUAAAAACCACAAGAAAAUAGAACUAAGUGUUUCAUAUUACAGAACACGGUUGACACAGCCUAUGUGUUACAUUUAGGAGAAUUUUGCAUCCAACGUUAAACCAGAAAAGAUAAGACAUAGUAAGAACGCAUGGUGGCGCUGCAGGUUAAGGUGGUGAGAAACAGAAUUGCAGACGUAGCUCCAGGAUCCAGCCAGUUUCACACUGCCUGGAAGCUGAAGAACAGCUUUCUCAGUCAGAGCACAAUGUGCGUGAAACCUCUUUAAAACUGUAUUUAGAGACAUAGUUUUGACCUGCUAUACUGCAGGACCGGACUACCAGGAUCCUGGGCAUAUAUGAAGCUCCUGCGAACUCAGUUUUCAGGAAAGAGCAAUGGAGAUUGGAUGGAUGCACAAUCCGAGACAAAGGCAAGUCCUAGUUUUCUUUGUUUUGCUGAGCAUGUAUGGGGCGAGCGCAGAGUUGGGGCCCUAUUCAGUAGUGGAAGAAACAGAAAGAGGCUCCUUUGUGGCAAAUGUAGGAAAAGACCUGGGGCUGGGGUUGACAGAGAUGUCCACCCGCGGUGCCCGGAUCAUUUCCCAGUGGAACAAAGAGCAUUUGCAGCUCAAGGUUCAGACUGGGGAUUUGCUCAUAAAUGACAAACUAGAUCGAGAGAAGCUAUGCGGUCCGAGUGAGCCUUGCAUACUACAUUUCCAAGUAUUAAUGGAAAAACCGUUAGAGAUAUUUCAGGCAGAACUGAGAGUGAAAGACAUAAAUGACCAUUCCCCCGUGUUCACUGAAAGAGAAAUGUUUCUAAAAAUACCGGAAAACAGUCCUAUAGGAAUUUCAUUCCCUCUGAGUAAUGCUCUGGACUUGGAUGUAGGCAGCAACAAUGUUCAGAACUAUAAAAUCAGCCCCAACUCCCAUUUCCGGGUUCUAACCCAAAAUCGCAGCGAUGGCAGAAAAUACCCUGAGCUGGUGUUGGACAAAGAGCUGGAUCGGGAGGAGGAGCCUGAAAUCUCAUUAACCCUGACAGCGCUGGAUGGCGGCUCUCCGCCUCGGUAUGGAACAGCCCAGGUGCGCAUUGAAGUGGUGGACACUAACGAUAACGCCCCUGAGUUUGAGCAGUCCCUCUACAAGGUGCAUAUUCCCGAAGACAGCCCCGUAGGCUCCCUGGUUGUCACUGUCUCUGCCAGCGAUGUAGACAGUGGAGUCUAUGGGAAAAUAUCAUACGCAUUCUUUCAGCCUUCAGAAGAUAUUAGUAAAACUUUGGAGGUAAAUCCUAUGACAGGUGAAAUUCGACUGAGAAAAAAAGUUGAUUUUGAAACAGUUCUGUCUUAUGAAGUAGACAUCAAGGCCACUGAUGGGGGAGGUCUUUCAGGAAAAUGCACUCUUCUCCUGCAAGUAGUGGAUGUGAAUGACAAUCCUCCAGAAGUGACAGUGUCUGCACUCACCACUCCCAUCCCAGAGAACUCCCCUGACAUUGUAGUUGCUGUUUUCAGUGUUUCAGAUCCUGACUCUGGGGACAAUGGGAAAACUAUUUCCUCCAUCCAGGAUGACCUUCCUUUUCUUCUAAAACCGUCAGUCAAGAACUUUUACACCUUAGUAACCCAGAAAACACUAGAUAGAGAAGAAAGAGCCGAGUACAAUAUCACCAUCACCGUCACAGAUAUGGGAACCCCCAGGCUGAAAACCGAGCACAACAUAACCGUGCUGGUGUCCGACGUCAACGACAACGCCCCCGCCUUCACCCAGACCUCCUACACCCUGUCCGUCCGCGAGAACAACAGUCCCGCCCUGCACAUCGGCAGCGUCCGCGCCACAGACAGAGACGCGGGCGCCAACGCCCAGGUCACCUAUUCGCUGCUGCCGCCCCUCGACGCGCACGUGCCCCUGGCCUCCCUGGUGUCCAUCAACCCGGACAACGGCCACCUGUUCGCCCUGAGGUCCCUGGACUACGAGGCCCUGCGGGCGUUCGAGUUCCGCGUGGGCGCCGCCGACCGCGGCUCGCCAGCGCUCAGCAGCCAGGCGCUGGUGCGCGUGCUUGUGGUGGACGACAACGACAACGCGCCCUUCGUGCUGUACCCGCUGCAGAACGCCUCGGCGCCCUGCACCGAGCUGGUGCCCAGGGCGGCCGAGGCGGGCUACCUGGUGACCAAGGUGGUGGCGGUGGACGGCGACUCGGGCCAGAACGCCUGGCUGUCGUACCAGCUGCUCAAGGCCACGGAGCCCGGGCUGUUCGGCGUGUGGGCGCACAACGGCGAGGUGCGCACGGCCCGGCUGCUGAGCGAGCGCGACGCGGCCAAGCACAGGCUGCUGGUGCUGGUCAAGGACAACGGCGAGCCGCCGCUCUCGGCCAGCGUCACGCUGCACGUGCUGCUGGUGGACGGCUUCUCGCAGCCCUACCUGCCAGCCCCUGAAGCGGAAGCGGCGGACGCGGCCCCGGCCGCCCCGCUCACCGUCUACCUGGUGGUGGCCUUGGCGUCGGUGUCGUCGCUCUUCGUCUUCUCGGUGCUGGUGUUCGUCGCGGUGCGGCUGUGCAGGAGGGGCGGGGCGGCCUCGGUGGGUCGCUGCUCGGUGCCCGAGGGCCCCUUUCCGGGCCACCUGGUGGACGUCAGCGGCACGGGGACCCUGUCCCAGAGCUACCAGUACGAGGUGUGUCUGACGGGAGGCUCUGAGAGUAAUGACUUCAAAUUCUUGAAGCCGAUUCUCCCCAACCUCCCGCCCCAAUGCCCUGGGAAGGAAACAGAAGAAAAUCGUACCUUCUACAACAGCUUUGGGUUCAAUAUUCAGUGACCAUAAUUAACUUUUAUAUCUCAUAGGUAUGUUGUUUUGUGGCACUUCCAUACCAACAUUAUUUCCCCCAAAAUGUGUGUGUUUGAAGUUGUACUGAUGUUAGUUUUAUAUUUUCGCAUGUUCUACCCACCUUUACUUUUAAGUGAAUGUUUAUCUUUACCUGUGGUUGUAGUUAGAUAGCAAUUUAUUCUCUAACCAAGGAGGUCUUAAUUUGUAAUUAAUUUGCCUCCUUAAAUAAUAACACCAAAUCAGUUUUUGCUCAUGGCCCUCUCUCCAGUUGAACUUUCAUUCACAAUUAUGCUUAUGAUAAAAUAAAGCAGACCACUUUCAAAGUA